AUGACUCCUAUAAUAAAUGUUCAAUUUAAACUAAUAAUAAAAAUUGUAUUCAGUACAAUAACUAUUGCCAACUAGUAAUAAAUGGAAGUUGUGAUGACAUAACAGAAUCUGGACUUGAUCAUACUUAAUUUUAAGCCUAUUAUGAGAUAUGUAAAUCCCUAUCUGAUGGUAAUGGUUGUUAGGAUUAUAAACCAAAACGUGAGUUUUAUCCAGGAACAACAUGAGCUUGCAUAAAAUCAUAAGCGAGAAAAUAUUUAAUAAAUUAGCAUAAUAUUCAGAUUACAGUUGUAAUAUAGUUAAUUGUUAUAAAUCAGCAGGAGGAGAAUGUAUAGGAUGUACAAACAGUGA